UUUGCCAGUUUCACUUUGAUCUCUCCAACGAAGAAAGCUAAGAGAUGGUUUUCAAGGUUUCCAAAGUCUCAACAACGCCGUUCGAAGGGCAGAAGCCUGGAACUUCUGGCCUCCGUAAGAAGGUGAAAGUUUUUGUUCAACCUCAUUAUUUGCAAAACUUUGUUCAGUCAACAUUCGAUGCCCUUACACCAGAGAAAGUUAAAGGUGCUACACUUGUUAUUUCUGGUGAUGGUCGUUAUUUCUCAAAGGAUGCUAUUCAGAUAAUAAUUAAAAUGUCUGCUGCAAAUGGAGUAAGACGAGUAUGGGUUGGUCAAAAUGGAUUGCUUUCAACUCCUGCUGUAUCAGCUGUAAUUCGUGAAAGAGUUGGUGUGGAUGGAUCCAAAGCAACUGGUGCUUUUAUUUUGACAGCUAGUCAUAAUCCAGGUGGUCCUAAUGAGGAUUUUGGAAUUAAAUACAACAUGGAAAAUGGUGGACCUGCUUCAGAGGCUAUCACUGAUAAGAUCUUUGAAAACACGAAAACAAUAACAGAAUACUUGAUUGCUGAAGAUCUACCAAAUGUAGAAAUCAGUACAAUUGGUGUUGCAAAUUUUACGGGGCCUGAGGGACAGUUUGAUGUUGAGGUUUUUGAUUCAGCAAAUGACUAUGUGAAAUUGAUGAAGUCAAUUUUUGACUUUGAUCUUAUCCGCAAGUUGCUUUCCUCUUCGAAAUUUACAUUCUGCUAUGAUGCACUGCAUGGAGUUGCUGGAGCUUAUGCUCAUCGCAUUUUUGUGGAAGAGCUUGGGGCAAAAGAAAUCUCACUGUUGAACUGUGUACCCAAGGAGGACUUUGGAGGAGGGCAUCCUGAUCCCAAUCUGACUUAUGCAAAGGAGUUAGUUGCUCGCAUGGGAUUGGGCAAAUCGAACUCUGAAGUUGAGCCACCAGAGUUUGGUGCCGCUGCUGAUGGUGAUGCUGAUCGUAAUAUGAUACUGGGAAAAAGGUUCUUUGUCACUCCAUCAGAUUCAGUUGCCAUCAUUGCUGCCAAUGCGGUCAACGCAAUUCCUUACUUUUCUUCUGGUUUGAAGGGAGUUGCCAGGAGUAUGCCUACAUCAGCUGCCCUUGAUGUUGUGGCCAAGCACUUGAACUUGAAAUUUUUUGAGGUACCCACUGGGUGGAAAUUUUUUGGCAAUUUAAUGGAUGCUGGAUUAUGUUCAAUUUGUGGAGAAGAAAGUUUUGGAACUGGCUCUGACCAUAUACGAGAGAAAGAUGGAAUCUGGGCUGUUUUGGCUUGGUUAUCAAUACUUGCAUAUAAAAACAAGGAAAAUCUCAAUGGGGAAAAGCUUGUGACUGUUGAGGAUAUAGUCCGUCAGCAUUGGGCUGCCUAUGGUCGACAUUAUUAUACUCGAUACGACUAUGAGAAUGUCGAUGCUGGUGCAGCGAAGGAUUUAAUGGCGUAUCUGGUCAAAUUACAAUCAUCUCUCGAUGAAAUCAAUAGCAUUGUGAAGGGGGCUCGUUCAGAUGUGUCAACUGUUGUUAAUGCUGAUGAAUUCGAAUACAAGGAUCCUGUUGACGGCUCUGUUUCAAAGCACCAGGGUAUUCGGUUUUUGUUCGAGGAUGGAUCGCGAUUGGUUUUCCGUCUCUCCGGAACCGGCUCAGAAGGUGCAACUAUCCGCCUCUAUAUCGAGCAAUACGAAAAGGAUUCAUCAAAAACCGGAAGAGACUCCCAAGAAGCACUUGCUCCUCUCGUGGAGGUUGCUCUGAAACUUUCCAAGAUGCAGGAGUUCACCGGCCGAUCCGCACCUACGGUCAUCACAUAGAUUCAUACUGCUACAAACUGUUGUCCAUACGAGGCAAAGCACUACUUUUGAGGAAAGUAAACAUGAAUAAACUGGCUAAGACUACAUUAGAGCAUCAUGAUUGACAGAUGAUGAUGCUCAUCGAAAUUUUCGAAAUAUUUCAUGAAAUAAUUUGAAUGUUAAGGGCGCCUAUACUCCUUAUCUUUUUGGUUGAAUUGUUGCCUAAAUCUCAUUUC